AGAAAGAUGCGACCCGUUUUGUUGGCACUACGAAGUUCGUUACAACUCGUUCGGUUCAGGCACAUAGCUUAACUGGUGAUAGGCGCGUGUACAUUGAUAUCAUGACAAUUUCGUCACCGUAUUUUGUCUUCGCACGUGAAGGGCUAUCAACCGAUAAUAAAGCCUCAUUUGCUAUUUAUUAAUUCAUACCAAACAUUUUUCACUGAGUCUACUUGAGACCAGUCCAACUCUCCAAAGCCAACAAAUGAUUGUUUUGUUUCUUAAAGGUCUACUAAUCGGAUAUUAUCAUUACGGAAAGACACCUUAGCUGGUCAGAUACUCGGAUGCUUUUCGAUUUACGAACCAGUCAAGUUUCGUUCAAUCGGCAAACGGAUCCGUCAAUAAACAGACAAUAUUUUUGAUCUCCCGAACUAUCUGGGAAAUCAUUGAUUUAAUCAUCAACGUAUGCGUUUUUUCUACUGUGUCAUGUACACACAACCAGUGAUGUAACAGGCGAUUGCAUCAUGGAACAUUACAUGUGCAGUAGACACACGCUUACCAAAGUAUGCAGCCAAACGGAACCACCUAUGUGUAAAUACAAAUAAAUUAAUGUGAACUAGCUUAAGCUAAUCCUAGAAAAAAUCCUAUAAGGUUACAAGAGUGGCCUGUGGCCACCAAACGAUAGAAUAGGCAACAAAAAGUCAGUUCGGUCUACCUUCCAAUGUAGUUGAUUGAAGUUGAUCCUCGUGUUUGUUGAAUGAAUACUUUUAGCGCGACGAUAUGCGGGUUUUUGCAUAUAUCGGUAUUAGGUAUCGGAUACUAUCAAAGUAACUCAACCAAGUUUGGUCAUGUUUUUUGACAGCAAAGGGUUGGCAAAGAAUGGUAUCAAAAAAAAAUACAAAACAAUAUUUGUCUAUAUGUAUGUUACGUGUCCAUGGGCAUUUUACUACCUGUAACAACAUUGUCAAUCUGUUGUUCGACUGAUCACAACCUAGUCAUUAUUUAGUCAGAACCAUAAUUAAUCAUAAGGUCAAAUAUUGCACACCAAUGUUGCGUAACUUACUACGUAAGCUAAAUACGUAACCAGCAAAUGACAUUUGAAUUAAGAUGUUGAGAUGUUUGAACAAAUGUUUUAUGUAUUCUGAGCACGCCGAACGCUGAGAUUGCGGAGACACUACCUCUAUGCUGUUGGUAAAAGCAGAUGAUUUUAACGAAAGCAUUCAGGUCAUUAUAGAGAGCAUCGACAAAUCGACUGUAAGCUUUAGAGGUGUCUUUGGAUUGUGCUAAAUUAGACCAAUGCAAAGCUUAUCAGUUUUGCAUUUAUGCAACGCCGCAGCAUUCACAUUCAUACGCUGAUCUUGCAAAGCGGCGGUUUUCAGUUUUCUUGACGAGGCCCUUUUCCUUUUGUAGUAUUUUAUGACAACCAGGUUGCGAUCUGGGCUGUAAUCUGACUGUUAAGACCUUGAAAAAAAAUCGCGUUUUCUGCACACUAGCUGGUUAAGGCUUACAUGGCUUUAACCAAACCUUCUUAAACCCCUACUACAUUUUUUUUUGGAAACGUUUAUGUCAAUAUUACAAAUAGUGUCACUAAAAUGGAGAAAGACGCCCUGAGAUAACUGUGUGAAGAGAUUUGUGGAUCGACCUUAGCGUCCCAUUAACUAAGCGACCCUUUAAUUCGAAACAACCUUCGAUGACCUGUCUAAGGGCAGAGAAUCCAGCAGCGUUACUCAUACACUGACUCACCAGAGUCUAUUAUACCAAGCAACGCGCUAGCCAGGAAUUUUAGGACUGUUUAGAAUAUAAUUGAACUGUCACGCUCUCUGUCAUCAACUUACGUUGGUGAAAAAUGGGUUUCUACAUAAGAAGUGCGAACCCAACCAAAUGGGCCACGGUAAACAAUUCCUCCCACUUAUUAAUUAAUACCACACAGUUGAAAUUAUAAUAAUGUUAGAAACAAAAAAGAAGAAUAGAGUUGCACAGUUUUAUUAUACUGCAUGUUAUUAUGUAAUGUAUGUGUCAGAAAAUGUCUAACCCUGUUAAUGUCAAAAAGAACUUCAGCGUCUUUCGGACCAUUCAUGAGAAAAUUUCCACAGUUAAUAGUGGAUGAGUAACAAGAAUAAUUAGUAUCUGAUUUAAGUUAAGAUAAACCUUAUAUUUACUGGAGAUAAGGUAUUUACUAGAUGACAUGUUUUUUUUACUGAUUUUCAAAAAGAUGACUUAAACAUCCUUAAAAGCGUGGAGAUGAUUUACCUUAUUUUAUAGAGAUUUUCUGGGUGGGUAUUAAACGGCAAAAGAAUACGAUUUGGCUAGAAAACCCGGGCCAUUAUCUCAUAUUGAUUAUAGUAUCAUUACUUAAUUGAAGGUGCAGCGCUAAUAUCAUAUUAGGUUAUCCCGGUGAUCAGCACAGCGCUGAUCAAGGUGCUACUUCUAUGGAUCCAGUGCGUACCGGUUGCAAUAGCUUUAUAUAGCGAAUGCAUUAUUUCGACAUGAUACGAUACACUGUCUCACCGUGAUGAAUUUUCAAGCACAUGCCCUUGAGGAGACUUUAAAGUACCGCACCUGUCGGGAGCCGAAUUUCUCAGCGGAGCAACCAGUCGAUAUCUCUAGCCUUUUUAGUGGCGAAUUCCAUAACCAUGUUGCAUUGUUGCUUAAAAACCGCGAGUUGCCCGAAGGAUCUCGCGAGGGAGAAAAGGAUCUAACAAAGAAAUCUGCCACAGACUUCAGAACGAGAAGUACCCAUCGAGACGUAGAGGGUCCGAUGGGAGAAAAAGAAACGGAGCGUGAGCCCUCUCUUAUCGGAGCAAAUGAGGGACAACAUAUCUUUAAGGAUGGUGAAGCAGAUGAUCCGAAAAAAGAGAUGGAGGAUGGUGGCUCUGACGAGAUCGAUGAUGUGGAUGAGGACAACCGAGAAUGCGAAAUGAUUCUCGGAGAUAUACCUGAAGUUAUGGUCCCAUCAUCACGUCACAAUACGUUACUGAAAAUCACUUCUUCUUCGCCACUGCCAAUACCACCUAAGAAAAAACGACUACCUAAUAAAGACAAAGCUGGCGAAACGGGAGAUAUUUCGGCAGCUUCAGCUCAAGGCGGUGAAAGCACUAUAGGAUCCGCAGCAGCAAACCGAUAUGCAUGUCGAAAAUGCUCGCUCAUCUUUUCGAAGUUUGAAUUUCUUAACGCUCACAUCUCCAAGAUCCACCCUGUCAUUGGGCCUUACAGGUGCCCCAACUGUGCCUUCGAAACGAAAUUUCAUUCAAUGCUUCAACUACACAUGAAGGAACCUCAUGCAGGGGAUACGACGAAAGUGAACGCCAAGCAAAAAAAAAUUGCUGGGAAAAAGGUGGACGAACCGCGAAUGAAGUGCCCUCUGUGUGCCUAUGAAGCAAGUUCUCUAGCAAAUUUUACGACUCACAGUAGAACUUCUCACAGAAAUGCGUUCGAAAAAGUAGCACAUCGAAAUGCAAGCACUAGUAGAUAUAGGUGCCCGUUCAGGCCCGCUUGCUCAUAUCAAGCCAAAGAUCGGGACGAUCUCGAGAAUCAUUAUAAAACGGAGCAUAAGCAACGCUUGUGGCACUGUCCAGAGUGUGAUUUUUAUGCUGUCUGGAAAGUGGCUCUUAAUAGACAUCUAAAAGCACAUCGCGAAAAUCCUGAGCAUGAGUGUGGUAGAUGCGGUCAAAGAUUCGCCUUAAAGUCAUACUUGAAUCGACAUUACAACGAGAGCGAAUGCAAAGAAAUGCAAAUCAGUCAGGAUCAGACAAAUGAUUCAACCAUAAAUAAAAAAUCAUCACCAGCAGGUUGUCUCGUAACGCCAGCCAGUACGAUAAGGGAAGAGAUAUUGACAUCAGAUCGAAAUGGCGAAGUUCCUCUAUCAACCUUAUCGCCUGCUUCAUCCACGGAAAAAGACCCUUUAACAGAGGACGACUGUUUACAGAAAAUAGAGUUAUCUGUUGUAAAUACAAUUCAAAGUAUCGAUUUUUCUAAUAGCCUUGCAAAACACUCCCUGGAAAAAUCAAUGCCACCAAAGGCUUCACCUUCACAGGCUCGGAGUUCACUGUUGUCCAACACAAAGUUGGCCUUUUCAUCAACGGCAGUAAUAGAAGAGGGCCAAGCUGUUCCGGACGCACAAAUAUUUUCGUCUGAAAACGUAGCUAUCAUAUGCAAUUCACCAAAUUCUACAUCAUUAGCUCAAAUGAAAUUUAGAACAGAAAGUAGGCCUAUGUUAAAUACUUUAGUGUCACCUAGUCCAAACCGUGACGAAUACGACGAAAUCGAUAUAGCGAAUAGUCAAAAUAUGUCACAGGCAACGUCAUUCACAAUGAGCGCUGAUCAUAUAAAGCCCCCAAGUAUUGAUGCUCCUCCUCGAGAACCUUACCGAGUUACUAAUGAGAACCCCCUGUCGACGGAUGACGACCCGUGGGGUAUACCUGUCGCCCAAUCGCAUUUUAAUCAGGACAAUACUGCAAGAAAAUCUAGAGAAGGUAACUCACAUGGACAAGUGACCUUGACAAGAAAGACAGUACAAUGUACUAAGACAACAUCGAGUCAUAACAUGAAGGACACUUUAGUGACAAUUGUUUGGAAUUCGGGACUUCCUGGGAUAAUGAAAGGUUUUCGUUCUGAUGGGAACUCAGUAAAAACCAAAACUGCAACUUCUACCGUACAAAUACGAACUAGCGACGAUGAUUUUUCUAAAGGUGAUCAAGUGUUAGCAGUCAAAAAGCACUUUGAUUUGACGGCUUCAAGAAAAGGGCCAGAUGGGCGCGAGACAGAUCGCCAUUCGAAUUUGUUGGUGUCUGACAAAUGUUCAAAGAAAUCGCUUAGUCAACGAGGCUGUGAUAUAAAUCCUACCCCUUCCAAUGGAUUUAUGGUAGUAUCGAGUUGUCGUGAAGCCAGUCCUCCGCCCCUUGUAAUCGACGAUAGCAUAACAUCUGAUUAAGUGACCCUUUAGCUAUUAUUAUUAACGAUAAACACGAAGUACUAAAGAGUUAAAGUUACGGAGUAACCCUUCACUUAAAAUGACCAUUAAUUGCUUCUUUCUUAUGCAUGACAGUUGACAAGGUUUCCCGUUUAUAAAAGCUGCGGCUGUUCAAAAAGCAUCUCUCAUAGUAGUUAUUGAAGUUAAACGUAAUGUUCACUAGUAGCUUAUUUUUACUAAUAUUUUAGAUUUGGCGUUAAUGUGAUCAUUUAAAUCUUACGCCUUUUAAUACAUUGCCGUCUCCGUGUGGGGACCAACUUGAUUUGUAACACACCCUUGUUAUCAUGUAGUGACAUUGUCAAUCUGUUAUCAAUACAGUUUAGAUAGAUGUGUCGUUUUGGAAGUGGUGAAGCUACAUAGUUAUUAUCAGUAUAAGUGUGUAUGCAACACCUGUACACAUAUAACCAGACAAAUAUGCAAAACAUGUUGUAUAAAGGCAUUAUUUAAUGAAAUACCAAAUGAAUAAAUAUAUAGGGCGAUCAAAAAACAGGACUGCAAUAAAUGGGGUUUACAACUGUAGCUGUAUAUAAAAAAAUUGCCAAUUAUGGUGAACGCGACGAUGAAAAUGAUAAUUAUUUAUCUGCUUAAUCUAAGAUGAACUAGUACCAUAUGAUAACAAUAUGUAAAGAGUAUAUCGGCCAGAGGCGAUC